AUGGAAAAACUCAACAGACCCGCUCUCACCACCCAGACAUCUGGGAUAAUUUCGAGAAUGCCCAAGGUCUUGGUUGCAAACCGCGGUGAAAUUGCCAUUCGCAUUCUGCGUUCUGCAAGAGAAUUAGGGUGGGAUACCGUCGCUGUCUACUCGGAGGACGACGCUAGCCAUGCAGGUUUCGCGGACGAAGCAGUCAAACUCAACAGCGUCUCCGACUUCAUGAACGUCGAAAGCAUCGUCAAUGCUGCCAUACAAACCCAGUCGACGCACUUGCAUCCAGGCUAUGGCUUCCUGAGCGAGAACCCGGCAUUACCGAUUGCUCUCUCCCAGGCGACCAACGGGCGCCCGUUGUCUUUGGGUCUAACGGCGAUUUUCGUUAGCCCUCGUAUAGAGAGUUAUGCUAGAUUUAACGGAGGAUUGUUUAUUCUCGACUUGAACAAGGCGCCUUGGGGUUGCGGUACAUGGCCCGCAUUUUGGACUGUUGGUAACGAUUGGCCAUGGAAUGGGGAAAUCGACGUUAUAGAGGGUGUUCACGAUAACCAACACAACCAAGUCGCUUGGCAUACGGCCCCAGGAUGCCAACUUGACCCAAGUGCGAACUUCACUGGUAAUAUUGCUGAUGGCGGAGGAUACCAGCACCGAGACUGUAAUUCGUUUAUAAACCACAACGCGGGUUGCGGUGCUACUGAAUGGAGUAGAGCAUCUUAUGGCCUUCUGUUCGAUGAACAGGGUGGAGGAGUGUUCGUUAUGAAAUGGGACGAGAACAGUAUCGCCGUUUGGUCGUUCUUCCGAGCAGCCGUCCCAAAAGACAUAGGAGAAGGCACACCUAAUCCCUCCGAGUGGGGAUUGCCUUCUGCAGUCCUGUCGAGUUCCAUGUGCGAUAUACCAAGAUUCUUCAAGAAUCAUGCUAUCAUCUUCGGUGUGUAG